AAAUUUUGUUAGUGCGAGUUGAGAGCAAGGCAAGGGCAGAGUGAAAUAGAGUAACAAAUAUAAAUAAUAAUUAAUUAUAAAAAUGGCUGACGAAGAUGUUAAUGGUGAUUCCGAUGAAGUGCAGCAGGAAAAGUCACAAAAGAAAGUCGCUAAGUAUGACAGCGGGGCUGCAGAUUUAGAAAGAGUCACUGAUUACGCUGAGGAAAAAGAAAUUUCCUCGUCCGAUGGUUUCUCGUGUGCGCUAAGUAUAAUUGGUGACAGGCGUAAUAAAGAACAAGCGGAGAAAAAAGCUAAGGAAAGAGAAUUGUUAAAAGUUUCUAUCAAAAAAGAGGAUGUUGAUUUAAUUAUGAAAGAAUUGGAAAUAAAUCGGACUAGAGCUGAAAGAACCUUACGAGAACACCGAGGUAAUAUCGUCGAAGCUUUGGUGACGCUGACCAACUAAUUAAAAUAAAAUUCAGCUAAUUGCUAUAAAAAUUGAAAGAAAAAAAAAGUAAAUAAAUGAAUCAAGUUACUCUGAAUAAAAAAAGUAAAAAAUAAACCGACGACCAAAUGUUUAAUGAAUUAUAAUUAUAAGUUGGAUGUAAUUUAUUUAAUAAUCACGAUAUACACA